CAGUCAGGGAAAGGUGCUUCCUACUCGAUCAUCUCAUCCAGUAAGUGGAUUCCAUCUACUUAUAGUCUGAGCUGGAUCAAUUUCGUUUGAUUGUUUCAACGCCACUCGCUCACACACGGAUUGCAAUGGGGAUUCGCUUCAAUUCGAUAAAAGGCCAAAUUAGUUUCCCGAACGUUCCCCAUUAAAGGGCUGCUCGCCACAGUGAGUGCCGGUUGGUUGAUUGCUGCCAGGCCAAAAGUGAAGCAUGCCCAUGCUCGGUGCGAUUGCGUUCUUCGCGCUCACUUAGUCGUUAUCCAUCCGCAAUUGCUAGAACAAACAUCUACACCAUCGGUGCAUCCGUGCAGUUCAGAUAUUCCGGUCUGCAGUCGAAGAUCCAGUGAUCAGUGAUCGGAACAUAAUCGAACAACAAGUGAUCCAACCAGCGCCAGUCAGCAACAGCUCCCCAGUGAGUUUGUGUUUGUGUUGAGUGAUAAGAGCAUUCUGAGCGAUCCCUCAAAUUUUGACUCGCUAAUUGUUUGACAGUUGCUGUGUGGAAGAUUUCCUUAGCCUGCGGCGAAAACAAUGUCUUCGAUAAUGGAGAAAAACAAGAUUCGGCUGGAAAGCCGGUCCAAGAUGUUCCUGCGAAGCAACUCGUUCCAGAAGCUGUGCUCGCUGGCCCCCUCCAUGGGACUGAAAGGUUUCAAGUCAAACAAGGAAGCUCUCAAGUCGGUCUUCGAAUCGCUUAUCGUCACGACACGUGGCGUCAUCCAGUCGGUCACGUACAGAAUUUUGUGCUUUCUGUUCCUAGCGCCUUUCGACCGGCUGGUUGGCCGGCCGCUGAGCAUCCUUUCCGGCGAGGAUGGAAAAUUUAGCACCAUCAAGUUAAUUCUCAAGUUGACACUGUCCACGAUCGUAUCUUCCGAUAAGACGACUGGCGGAGAGUGCGACAAGGAUGCGGUGCUGGUGGUGGCAGCCGCGGCCGCGGCGGCAGCAACGAAACCAAACCUUCCACGGACAGUAGAUUCGGCGAUUCAAACGGAGGAUGCAACCCCAGCGGAGAGCGAUGCCACGGAGGAGCAAUUUUUCGAUUGCAAAGAAGAUAGACCCCGUGCAUUGAGACCGUCCACCGCAGAACUGCGCGAGCAGUUGCUGAGAAAUUCGCGUCCUUCCGAUCCCGCGGCCACAUCCCGGUCGGUUCCCCUAGGCCUGCUGGUGUACGGCUGCGUGCUGGGCUGUUUUGCACAGCUAUCAGCGCUCGCCUAUUUGCUUAACGUGUCCGUCAGGACUCCACCCGGGCUGAUAUUUCUCGUUGCAUCCCUCGCCUACAUCGGAUACGUUAUGAUGAGGAUAUUCCUCGAUGAGCAACCCUCCAGCACCUUUGGAACGAACACCACCAAACCACCGCCAACGAGAACGACAUCCUGCAUGGCGUUAAUACCAGUGACAAGCUCAGAACCCCCAAAACCCAAAGGAAUCCAUCCAAUCCUAGCAAUUGUUGGCAAAUAUUUGGCUACGAUGCUCCAGCGGGACGGUAAACUGGUGCCAAUCAGCGGUGGCUCCUCGUCAAGGAUGAGCCGCCGAUCCACUCCCUCCCGCAGUCGGAUGCUGCUUUGCACCCAUGAUAAGACUAUAAGCAAAAUGAAAAUACUCUGAAAAACUGCAGCCAAACAUUACUCUCAUUUGUACAAGUAAGACACUUUGGCCAACCCGCGUGACUGAACCAAACACAUAAUAAUAAAAAUAAUAAUGUUAAUAAAAGUGAUUAUGCAGCAAUAGAACAUUGGCAAUCGAGCAUGCUAGGAGUAUGGGAUGCAUGUUUCGCGAUUGUCACCACAGGAAAAUAACAACCGAAAGAGAUGGCAUUUUCAGGCAUUGCCACACGCUAUACUCCAGUGGCGGAGAAAAAUGUCAUGCGAAAAAUAAUAUCAUAAAUCGAUACACUUCCACCAUCCACCCAUCAACCAGCCAUUUGCGCCGAUUGGUGUACAAUAAAAAUAUAAACUAUUAUUAACAAUUGCUCACACCCAGCAGCACGGGUCAACGGGGUUAGCCUUCGUCGAGCAUGUGAAUCGAUUUGGGACCCUGCGUUUUUGUUUUAUUUUCUCUGGCUUCACUCCCAUCAUGCCACUCCCACCCAUGCUUAUGAUUGCUGCGGGAAUAAAACCGAUGUCAACCUCAAAACAUCAAGUUCGACUGACACCGGCAGCAGCCAGCAGUGUGGCAAAAGGAGCGAAAGGCCAUCCAGCCUGCAGUGGAAAAUAGUUUAUGUAACAUGUUGCAAUAAGUGUACAAGCAUUGAUACCAAAUAUUGAAGAAGAAAAAAGAAACAACUAACAAUUGUAUGUGUAACGUGGAAAAUUUGUAUGAUCAUGUGACUUAAUCGAGCAUUGUAAUUAAAUGUUAAGCAAAAUAAUAAUAGUAAUAAAUGCAUCACUAUUGGA